AUGCAAUCUACUGCUGAAACCCCCGCCGGGAAGGAUCAUGAACGUCGGUCUCGUGGGGAAUUACUACAACGGUGGAUUGGCGGGGCAUCCAGCGACACGGCCGAGGAAUGCCCGAUUCUGCCCUGUACUCUCGAAUACGAAGACUUUGACACAUGGGAUUAUUUCGGCAGCGGACUCCCAUACGACACGGGGUACGAACAAGACGCAACCGAGGCUCUUGGCAUAGAGCGCCCGAAGCCGGACUCGUGGGAAGUCGUCGUACUAGAAAAAUGGGAUCCGGAAGCCGCAGCGAGUGGAACGUUGUAUAUGAAGGGCCCUUACGACGGAAAGCUCCUCGUUUGGGAGGGCUCCAUUGCUGCUGGCAUUGUGUUCGUCAGCAUGAUUCAUCGGAGGCCCGAGGUAGGGCCCGAAGUCGUCCCUUGGUCAUCCCAGAUGAUCCAUGCCGUUUACAAAAGGAGAUAUCCUUUGGACAGCUUGAAGCAUAUCAUUGUGGCCGACGUGACGAACAAAGACACGAAAAGGGUCGUGAAGAAGGAGCUGUAUACCGCAUCCAAUGGGCUUCAUUGGCCCGACGAGCAGUUGCGUGAGUGGAAAUACGACUCGGCUGAAUACAAAGCUCUACUCGGGACAAGAAUUGGUGCCGUCGUCGCAUACUUCGUUCUCGGGGCAUUCAAACGUGAAACGUGUCGAAUUUCCCAAAUCGUCACUUGCUUCUACUUUAUGAACCUGCACAUGCGGUUUGAUCUGGAGCAGAUUGAGCCGGCACGGGAUAACACCGGUUUACCAUCCAGCGAUGAAAGCGUGCAGCCCGCGCAGCACAAAAUGAAGUCUGCUCCCGAUCCGAUCUCGGACCUCCAAGGCAAGUCGUGCCCCUCCAAGCCCCGAAAGGACCGGAUCCGCGGGACCGCAACGGCACGUCGACGCGGCCGUUCUUCGGAGAACCAAGCGCGCGAGGACGGGAAUGGAAGGAAGAAACGCGAAAGAAAGGAUACCGAGGACGAGCCACCUCGAGAGAAACGAAGGUCAAAACGUCGGAAGAUCUGA